AUGGAUUCCAACAAGUGUAAAAAAUUAAUUAAAAUUAUGGAAAAAGCUUGUAGAGUAAUUAAAACUCAUAACGAAGUUGAAGAAUGGAUUAAAUUCGGGAAAAAAAAUAUUAAAUUAUUAAAAAAGUUAUUGAAAGUCUGGACUUUGUCUCAUGGUCAAAAAAUUCAAAUUCAAACGACAAUAAUACAAUUGCAAUCAAUACUUGAACAAAUAAAAGAUAAAAAAAAAGCUGGCAUGGGUAUUGGUGGAGAUAAUAGAAAAUUAAAAGAUAGAGUAAAAUGGAUUGAUGUAGAGUCAAUAUUUCAAGGACGAAAUAAUUUAAAAGUUAAUGGUAUUUUGUCAUGUAAAUUUCAAGUUAUGAAAAAUAAUGAGAUUGUUGAGGAAACAAAAUAUUUUAAUACGAAAAAUGACAUUAUUUUACCAACAACUGAUUUAAACAAUUGGUUUGAUGAAAAAAUGACAGAUAAACUUCUUGUCAAGGUUGAAGAAUUUCAAGAAAGGGAUUCAGGAUGGACUAUGAAAGAGAUAAUCAAUUUAAACAUAAAUAUUAAUUUGUAUGAACCAAUUAGAGUAACAGCAGCAUUACAUCCAGCUCAAACAAAUAGUAAUCGUGUGAGCUCAUAUCCUCAUUUUAAAACAAUAUUAAAAUAUGAAGAUGAUAAUAAUGAUGAUAACGAUUAUGAUUAUGAUGAUAGUGAUAAUGAUAACGAUAUUUUUGAAAAUAACGAUGAUAAUGAAAUAGAAAAAACGCCAACAACUUUUCAUUUUGCUUGGAUUCGUAAUUUAUCGAGAUUAAUUAGUUCACAAAUAUCAAAAAACGAACAUAAAUUAUGGUUAUGUGACCGAUGUUUAUGUCAUUUUAAAACACAAAAAUCAUUUGAAAACCAUUCUGAUGAUUGUUUGAAUCAAAAUAAUGCUAGAAUGAUAAUGCCAGAUCAAGAAAACAAUAUUUUAAAAUUUAAAAAUUAUAAAUUUAAAGAGCCAGCACCUUUCUCAAUUUAUGCUGAUUUAGAAUGUAUACUCCAACCAGAAGCAAGUGAAAAAGAUCUACAUAUACCAUAUAGUGUUGGUUAUUAUUUUCAUUGUACAUAUGAUGAUUCACUUUCAAAAUUUGCAUAUAAUCGUAGUGAAAAGUGUAUAGAGUGGUUUGUUAAUGAACUUGAAAAAAUAACAAAACAAGUGAAUAACAUUUUGAAUAAUCCUCUUCCAAUGGAACAAUUGACUUUUCAACAAGAACGUGAGCUUCGUUUAUCUAAAAAAUGUCAUAUAUGUGAAAAGCCAUUGACUGAAAAUGACAAAAUCGUUAUUGAUCAUUCACAUAUGUCCGGUCGCAUACGUGGUUUGGCACAUUCAAAUUGCUCAAUAAAGCUGUUACCUAUAAAUAAAGAAAAAUAUGUUUCAUUCACUAAAGAAGUUAGGUAUAAAAAAUUGGAUGGUUCGGGAAGUAAUUGUAUACACUUAAGAUUUCUCGAUUCGUUUAAAUUUAUGCCUAGUAGCCUUGACAAGCUUGCAUCAUAUUUGGAAGAUUGUGAUAAAAAAAUAACUAGAAAAUAUUGUAAUAGUGAAGAAGAAUUUCAGUUACUCAAACGAAAAGGUGCUUAUCCUUAUGAAUAUACAGAUUCUUUUGAUAAAUUAAAUGAGACAUCUUUACCACCUAAAGAAAAUUUUUUUUCAAAAUUAAGUAAUGAAAAUAUUUCAGAUAGUGAUUAUGAGCAUGCAAUAAAAGUGUGGGACACAUUUAAUAUUAAAACAUUAGGUGAUUACAGUGAUAUUUAUUUGCAAGCUGAUGUGUUAUUAUUGGCUGAUGUUUUUGAAAAUUUUCGAAAAAAUUGUAUCUCAAAUUAUGGUUUGGAUCCUAUACACUACUAUACUAUCCCUGGCUAUUCAUUUGAUUGUAUGUUGAAAUGUACAGAAAUAGAAUUAGAACUCUUAACUGAUCCAGAAAAAUAUUUAUUCAUAGAAAAAGGAAUCAGAGGUGGAGUUGCACAAUGUACAAACAGGUAUGCUAAAGCAAAUAACAGAUACAUGCCUGACUUUGAUACUAAUAUCGAUGAAUCUUAUAUAAUGUAUUAUGAUAUUAAUAAUCUUUAUGGACAUUCAAUGAUGAAUUAUUUGCCUUAUGCAGGAUUUGAAUGGUAUGAUGAUAAAAAUAUUGAUGUAUUCAAAAUUGCAGAUGAUUCAGACAUUGGAUAUAUAUUAGAAGUAGAUUUAGAAUAUCCAGAGAGUUUAUUCGAUGACCAUCGUGACUUUCCACUUUGUCCUGAGCACCUUAUACCACCAAAUUCCAAACAAGUCAAACUAAUGACCACUUUAUAUCCAAAAAAAAAUUAUGUUAUUCAUUAUAGAAGUCUAAAACAAUAUUUAGGUCUAGGUAUGCAGCUAUCAAAAAUUCAUAGAAUAUUAAAGUUUAAGCAAUCACCUUGGUUAAAAAAAUAUAUAGAUUUCAAUACUCAAAAAAGACAGGAGUCAACUAACGCUUUUGGCGUUUUGAUAUUUAAAUUAUUAAAUAAUGUCAUAUAUGGUAAAGCUAUCGAAAAUUUACGUGGUAGAAGAGAUGUGAAAAUGAUAACAAAAUGGGAUGGACGAUAUGGAGCAAAAUCACUAAUAUCAAAACCAAAUUUUCAUAGUAGUAUGAUACUUGGAAAAGAUCUUGUUGUUAUUGAAAUGUCUAGAAAAACGUACGGAAAUUCAGCUAAACUUUUAUACAUGGAUACAGAUGCUUUAGCUUAUUUAUUCACAGUACCUGAUAUUUAUGAAUGUAUGAAAAAAAAUUUGGAAAAAUUUGAUACAGCUGAUUAUCCAGAAAAUAAUAUUUAUAACAUGCCUUUAGUAAAUAAACGAAAAAUCGGUGUUAUGAAAGACGAAAAUCAAGGCAAAAUUGUAACGGAAUUUGUUGGUUUGCGUGCAAAAGCUUACAGCAUGAAAAUAUUAAAUGAAGAUAAAAUUAUAAAAAAAGCAAAAGGAAAGUAA